GAAAAUUAUGAGAAGGAAGGAGCACGUGGUUGGAAUUCACUGUUUAUUUAAGGAACCAAUGGGCUGGGAGGGGUGAGCGGGAGGGGGAAAGCAGUGGGCUGGGAAUGAUCCCAGGUUUCACCUUCGGCUCCCUCCCUCCUCUGAUGCUGCGGAAGCUGAGCUCAAAGCUCUCUUUCCCCGAGUGUUACUUGGCAACAUUCUGAUAAAUCUGUGGCAAGAGGGGCGCUCCAUUUCCCUUCCUUUCUCCUCCCACCAAGCUGCGGGGUGAGGAGGGAGAGAAAGAGGGGGAGAGAGACAGACUCCAGUGACAGCUAUAGCAAAAGUCGGAGGUAGCUGGGGAGCCGGAGAUUCGCGGCAGUCGCUGCGCCAGAGGCCCGGGGGCGGCACUUACAAGCUCCUGGAGAGGAGAAGGCGGACGUAGUCGGACGGACGUGGUCGUUGGAGCCUCGCUGCUUGCUCGUCGACCCCGCCAGCCUCUGCGCCCGUGGUGCUGGGUACCAUGGGGUCCAGUCUCCCCGCGAAGCUGCUCUGCCUGAUCGUGUUAGGACACCUGGUGUCCCUCCUGGCAGGACAACAUUUUAGCAUCAAUAAAUGUACCCACGACUGCUCCUCAUUGAACAGAAAUACACCCCGGAUACCAUAUAGUCUCUUAAAGAACUACACUACAACAUCACGGUCCUGCCGAAUACAAGCAGUCGUAUUCACUACUAAAAAGAACAAAACCUUAUGUGCUAAUCCAAAUGAAAAGUGGGUACAAGACGCAAUACAGUUUCUGAACAAUGUUUCUGCUGCUGCCGCUGCUGCUGCUCAAAAACAAACCCAAGGAACAGGGAAUGGCGGCACAUUUGAAAAACUAACAGGAGAGAAUGGGCCUCCAACCACUCAAGUCCAUGGUGGAGGGACCACUGUUCCAGCUAUCCUGGUUCCAGAAGCCACCAGUGCCCCAGUCCCAACAACCCUCAGUCCUAGCCCAAGCCCAACUCCAGCCUUCCCAGAGGAAGAGAUGGUCUUGGAGACCUCCCCAGGGCGGCCAGCCAACGUGGCUAGUCCAACAGUGUCCUUCCCUGACCCUCUUCUAGUGGGAUCCACUGCAUCCGUGGUAGGGGGCGAUAGUCUAGAUCCUCUGCUGGCCUUCCAGGGGACCAAGACUUCCAAUGUGGAGGUUGUGUCUGCAACGAUGACUCCAACUCUUGAGAGUUCUGAUUCAGUCUCCUUGGCUAAGGGGAAGAUAUCUGAGGAGACUCCUGCUAUUUCUCACCCCAGGGAGGAGGGUUCAGGAAGGCUCAAGGACCCCCCUGAGCCAGUGGAGGAAAGGGAUUUUGGGACUGAAAAUCCCAUUAUUAGUGAGGAGAUGAGCACUGUUUUCACUCUCACAAACCCUUUCUCCAACUUGGCUAUAGACAAUGCAGAACACCAUUCCCCUGCCUCUAUCCCUGCCUCAGAAAGCCCCGGAUCAGAGGUGGUUGGGAGAACCAAUCUACCUUCCAAAAUUGAAGAGCUUCCCCAUGCCACAGCUGAUCCCCAAAGGCUAGAAGUUGCCAUCACAGCCAUCCCGGACUCUCCACAGGCAGCGACCCGAAGGCAGGCUUUUGGCCUACUGGCCUUCCUGGGUUUCCUCUUUUGCUUAGGUGUGGCCAUGUUUGCCUAUCAGAGCCUCCAGAGCUGCCCUCGUAGGAUGGCGGGAGAAGUGGUCGAGGGGCUCCGUUAUAUACCCAGGAGCUGUGGGAGUAACUCUUAUGUCCUGGUCCCCGUGUGAACCUGCGUCCCUAUGUGAGCCUUCUCUGUCUGUGUCCAGACACCAAUCUUUGACUGAGUCAGCCACCCCAUUGCUGCUCUGGCCCUUGCUGGGGGUGCCAAUCGCCCUGCCCCAAACCUGAAGCAAGAGCCUGGGCUACCCUGGAAACCACCAAAGGGAAUUAGGGUGGGGGACACUCCCAGUUCCUAGUUCCACUGUAGGAGGCAUGUCCCUGCCCUGGAAGUUGUCCCCAAGCUGGAAAAUCCCUCAUGUGCCGCUGGUCGGUCAGAGGUUCCCCUUGUACCAGAUUCUCUUCUCUGAUGAAUAACUAUUCAUUGAAUGCCUCCCUCCCUCUCCCCAUCCACUUCUGUACCACACAUGGGUCCAGCUCUGGACCCUUGGGUUGGCUGAUUUGCUCUCAGAUUUUAUCAUUUCUCUGUAUUCCCUUGGCUAUCUGUAUCCCAUGUUGCCUACCCCACCUCCCUGGCUAGCUGAGGUGCUAUUCGACUCAGUCACCUGUACAGAAACCAAAUGCCCUAGCCGGGUUCUCAUUGUUUGCAUGAGGCAAAUGUGGUAUUUCCUGAGGGUGGAUCAGCCCCCCUCAAAGCCAGUGGGACAGUUGGAAAGGAAAGGAAGGAAGAUUUUUGUUGAGUCGGGGAUUUUUGUUGUUGUCUUGGUGGGGAGGGGAGGGGAGGGUGUGUUGUUGUUGUUGUUGAUUUGAUUUGAUUUACUUUGCUUCUCUGACAAAUUUGGUCACUGCUGUUGAAAUCUCUGCUGGGGGAUCCCAGCCCUAGGGGCUGGCUCUUCUCCCUACUGAAAGAGGAAUUUGGUCAUGACUAAAGAAUGGGAUAGAGAUGAACAGAUGUUUCAGCAACCCAUGUCCUUGUUCCUCGAUUUGAAAGGGCCUCUAUAUAUUGUGGAAAUGGCCCAGUGGUCAGAGUGCAGGACACCCACUUCCCUGGCCUAUCCAAUGGCUCCCAGAAGCCUUUCCCCUCCUCCUCAUACCCCAGCAUUUGCAAUCCCCCUGCAUGAGGAGGGUAGAGAAAUUUACAGGUCUGGUGUUUGCCACUUGGUCACCAGCUGGGAGGUGUCAUGUCCUGGGGAAGGAGAAAGAAGUGAGGGGAAGGAACCCCACCAACUUUCAGUGCUGCUAGACCCGGACAGGUAUAGCUUAAGUACACACCACCUAACUAACCCAGAGAAUUGUAGGUCUAGCUUAAAGCCACAGUUCAUUAGUGCUUCACCCCAGCUCGUUGGUAAAAGAUAGCUGACCAAUGACCUAAUGGAAGUGAUGAAAAGGGGUGUCAAGGAUCAGCAUUUUUUUGUUUGUUUGUUUUUGUUUUUUUUAGUGAGGCAAUUGGGGUUAAGUGACUUGCCCAGGGUCACACAGCUAGUAAGUGUUAAGUGUCUGAGGCCAGAUUUGAACUCAGGUCCUCCUGACUCCAGGGCCAGCGCUCUAUCCAUUGUGCCAUCUAGCUGCCCCCAAGGAUCAGCAUUUUUAAUUUCUCUCAAGUCCAGAGUGACUCCACCUAACUCCCCUCCCUGAUCAUCCUUGUGCCCUAAAAUCCCUAAUCCUUCUCCCAAGGUUGUUGGAAGAACCAAAAGGAUGUCAUUUUAUAGUUAGACAAAGGUCUGGACUAACUGGGUGGUUUUGUUUUUGUUUUUUCCCUGAACGUACCUUGCCCAGGUAGGGAGAUACAGACAGAUUCAGGGGAAGCCAUAGGCAGGAGGCCAACUUUCCAAGACAAUAGCUGAGUGAUGUCUAAAUUUACACACACACACACACACACACACACACACACACACACACACACACACACAUGUAUAUAAAUGUAAUAUAUAAUAUAAACAUUUUUUAAGGUGAUCCUGUUCUGGUCAACUUGUACCUUCUGAAAGGCGGGGAAUAGACCCAUGGCCCUCUUUCACAGCAGUCCCUGAUCGAUAUCAGCUCCAUUGAAUCUCUUUGCCUGCAGCUCUUACCCUGUGUUUGCCCUCAAAGAAGGCCCUUGGUCCUCCCCUACUUGGGCUUCAGAGGCUGUCAUUUUACCCUAAGGAUGGAGGCAAAGCUCCCCUACAUGGAACACAAUUUGAUUCUCAGAAGAUGAAGCAUGCAAUUCUUAACAUUGAUUAGGAGUGGUCCCCAUAGUUCUGGGGCCCCUGACCAACCCUAGCUGAUCUGCCUGGUCUUAGCCUCAUGAAAGAAAGUUUUCCAUGGAAAAGCAAGUAGAGAAGAUGGUGGACUUGUUGGGGGGGGCGGUGAAAAAGGAGGAUUAGAAGCCAUUUUGAAUGAAUUUCCUACAGAUUCUCUGGAAGCAGCUGAACUUUUUCUGGGAAGAAUGCUGAGACCUGGAAAGUGAGUUCUGCCCUCUAAGAGAGUUGGGGGGGGGGUGGUGAGUUGGGAGUAGUAGAAGGAGAUUCUAAGGGCAGCUAAUCCCCACCCUGGGGACCGUCCAUACACAACUACCCCUGACCAACAGCCAGUGGAUAAAGAUGCUGUCCAUUCAAGAGGGACGAGGCACUUGCCAGGCAUUGGCCCCUCUCCUCUCCUCAUCACUCAUUGCCAGUGUCUGUAACAUUUUGUAUUUUUAGUAAGAAAAAGAAGCAUUAAAAGUCCUGUGAAACACA